GCGGAGAGAGGAGGGACAUCCCAUCCUGCACAGGGCAGUUGAAACUCAAGAAGGAAACUGUCCAGGACUGUCCUCCCAGGCGAAAGGAACAAUUAGGGAAUUUCGCCUCCCCCUCGCCCCCCCCCCAGAAGCAUCAGUAUAGUCCUGUGCGCUGGGGGGACGUCACUCCAGGACCCAGGAGACCAUGAACAUGUCAAAGAGAAAAGGGUUCUACAGACAGGAAGUAAACAAAACUAUCUGGGAGCUGCCCAGAAGAUACAUGUCCAUCAUCCCCGUGGGAUCUGGGGCUUAUGGCUCUGUCUGUUCAGCCAUAGAUAAGAAAACAGGCGAGAAAGUGGCCAUCAAGAAGCUGAGCCGCCCAUUCCAGUCUGAGAUCUUUGCCAAGAGAGCGUACAGAGAGCUCAUGCUGCUGAAACACAUGCAACACGAGAAUGUCAUUGGGUUGCUUGAUGUCUUCACCUCAGCCACCUCUUUCAGUGGAUUCCAAGACUUCUACCUGGUGAUGCCGUACAUGCGGACAGACUUACAAAAGAUCAUGGGACAUGAGUUCAGUGAUGAAAAGAUCCAGUACCUGGUCUAUCAAAUGCUGAAAGGGUUGAAGUAUAUUCAUUCUGCUGGAAUCAUUCACAGGGACCUAAAGCCAGGCAAUCUGGCUGUGAAUGAAGACUGUGAACUAAAGAUCUUGGAUUUUGGCUUGGCAAGACAUGCAGAUUCUGAAAUGACGGGAUAUGUGGUGACACGUUGGUACAGAGCACCAGAAGUCAUUCUGAACUGGAUGCAUUACAAUCAGACUGUGGACAUCUGGUCUGUUGGUUGUAUCAUGGCAGAAAUGCUGACUGGGAAAACACUGUUUAAAGGAAAAGAUUAUCUAGAUCAGCUGACUCAGAUCCUGAAAGUAACAGGGCACCCAGGAGAGGAAUUUGUGGAGAAACUGGAGGACAAAGCGGCAAAAAGUUAUAUCCAGUCCCUCCCUAAGAUUCCUAAAAUGGAUUUGUUUCGGCUUUUCCCGAAAGUCAAUCCUCUGGCAGUGGACUUGCUUGACAAGAUGUUACAGUUGGAUGUGGAAAAGCGUCUUACAGCCACAGAAGCUCUGGCCCACUCAUAUUUUGACCAGUUUAGAGACACAGAGGAGGAGACAGAGGCACAGCAGUCCUAUGAUGACACUCUGGAGCGUGAGAGGCUUUCAAUAGAUGAGUGGAAAAGGCAUAUUUACACUGAGAUUCUCUCCUUCAGUCCAAUUGCCCGGAAGGACUCCAAGAGGCGGAGUGGUAUGUCAUUGUCAUGACUGCAGUCACUGGGACACCUGCAGUUGGGGCUAACCUCCCCAUGCUGGAUCAUAAAGAGGAUGUCUGUUGGGAUCUGGACCACAUCCCAUCCAAGUCAAGAAAUACCUGGCCACCUGGAUCUUUUGUGUGUCCUGAGCACAAAGUUAUUGACUGUGCGUUGGACUUUGUUCCGACUGAAGGGAACUGCACCUGAAACAUUGAACAGUACCAAAGAUGAAUGGCUUCUUUUAAAAUACCUACAUAGGAGAAUUUUGCCUGGUGCUUCUUGGUUUUCCUGCUCAUUCACAUUUUUUUCCAUUGACUCUCCAGUUGAUUUCAAGUGUUCUGAUAUUUCAGUGGUUCCUUCUCACUGUUCCCUCCAUUUACCACCCACUUCUUUUUCAGCACCCCUAGAAAAGCAGUUUGGACCCUUGUAGAUAAUCACUGGAAAUCAGGCAGGAGGAGCCUGGAAAACAGCCAGUGGUCCUUUGGUUAGAGAAGAACACAGGAAAUCAGGGUUCCUGGUCUCUACUCAAAGCUCGGCCAGUGACUUGCCAGGGGAACGUAGGCAAGAAGCGGUCCCUAAUUCUGAGUCCCUUGAUUACUGGGUUUCCUAAUUUAGAUAGCUAGACCUAAAUGCAAGCACCUAAAUCAAAGUAGCCUGAUUUUCAAAAAUGUUCUGAGAUCAUCUUCAACUUAAGAGUAUUAGAUCACUGCCAAGAAUAAUUACUGUAUCUCCAUCAAAUGAUGGUCUUAUUCUAUAAUAAACUACAUUGGUUAGUA